AUGCUCCUUUACGGGCCAGUGCAUGACGGUGAUGCCCAGUUUCAAAUUGGGCCCAAGGAGCCGACGCAUUCUACGGAUGCUCUCGGCUCGAGUGACAGAGAUACUGAACCCGCAGACUCGGACGCCAGCCACUCGGACGCUGCAUCAUCACAUAGAGACGACCCUGAGCUAUUCAAAGUACGCAAGACUACCCCGGAAGACUUUCUAUCUCGACUACCCUCAUCCCUCAAAAUCCUCCACAUCGGCCGCAUCACAGCCUGGUUUGCCAUGUACAGAGACGCCCUCGCGCUAGCCGAGCAAGACCCGUUCCGGUUUCCUCAGAUCUGGAAGGUGUCACUCGAAGUGCUUGAGGGCGUCGUCCCGCCUGAGGAAGAAAUCCAGAGUCUAAACAGUGCCUUUAACUUAUCCGGUAUCACCUUGUGUCUUGGUCCUGUCGCGGAAUGCUACCUCCCAGGCCUGGACAGGUAG